AUGGAGUUUUGGUUUCUUCUCCUUGCCUUUGUUUGCCUCUACAUUUCUUUUAAUGCACUACUAAAGCUCCUAAGCAAUAAAAGACUACCACCAAGUCCCCCAACCUUACCUAUCUUAGGGAACAUCUAUUGGCUUCUCAAAUCUUCUAGCAACUUCGCUAAUGUUGAGCCCGUUCUCCACCAUUUGCGUUCCAAGUAUGGCCCUAUUGUUACUCUUCAUAUCGGGUCUUGUCCUGCCAUUUUCAUCACUACCCACGAAGCUGCUCAUAGAGCACUUGUGAGAAAUGGUACAGUCUUUGCUGGUCGCCCUGCUGCUCUCGAAACCACCCAAAUCUUCUUUAGCAACCAGUGCACUGUUAGCUCUGCACCAUAUGACCCAAUUUGCGGUCUCCUUCGUCAAAAUCUUAUGUCCAUAAUACAUCCUUCUCGACUCUAG